AUGAGGGUCCCCGUAAUCCAGAUCCUCGCUACUCAGAUCCCCGCUACUUUGAUUCCCGCUGUAGUGAUCCUUGCCGGAGGUUGCAGCGGCACCAGACAUGGAAUUGCGCGGACGACCGUCGCGCGCGGAGGAGCGGAUGGCGGGACGAGGCCGCGGAGCCCAGGGGGGGGAUCGGGCACGCGGCGACGCCCCACGGGAGGAGCGGACACGCGGCGGAGCCGCGGAGGUAGAAGCGCGGUGCCGCCAGCUGUCGCACGCCAACGUGGACAUCUUUUAGACGUCUCAAAAAUCCUCUCCUUCCUCUCUCCCCUUCGUCCCAUCUUCUCCUUCCUCUCUCCCCUUCUUCCCCUACUCGCAGAGAUAGAAGCGCGGUGUCGCCAGCUGUCCCACGCCAACGUGGACAUAACCGCCAUGGACCUCACGCACCUGCCGCCCUCUCCCGCUCCCUCUCCCACCCGCUCCUUCCUCUCUCCCCUACUUCCCCUCCCCGCAGAGGUAGAAGCGCGGUGCAGGCAACUCUCCCACGCCAACGUGGACAUAAUCGCCAUGGACCUCGCAUGCUCACAUGCCUCCCUCCCCCACCUCCGAUCCCAUUCGCUCCUUUCCUUCUUUCCGCUCCCCGCUCGCCCCUUCCCCCCUCACCCCCACAGAGGCCUGCCCCUGCCUAGUCCGAGAAGCCUUCUGAGUCUGCCUAGUCCGGGUGGUUUUUUGGGUCUGCCUAGUCCCAGGGGCGUGCUCAGUCUCGCCUCCCCUGGAUCUACCCGGAGUAAGCAGCGCCAGCAGUGGGCGCAGCGGGAGGAACGGGAGGAGGAGAGGUGGGCGGUUGGGGAGGGGCAGGUGAUUGAUGAGGGGGAAGCAUUUGGGGAGGGGGAGGCGAGUGAGGAGGCCGAGGUGGUUGGGGAGGUUGAGGCGAUUGAGGAAGGGAUCAAGGGCACCGCUUUAAGGUCUGGUAACCUGGACCUCGCUAUAAGCAGACUCAGGGAGUUCGCUUUUGCGCACGGGUACUGCCACGAGGGAGUGCAGGAGGGCGAUGGUGGUUAUAUGGCAGCAUCAUGUGCGGGCUCUGGUGUUGCAGCGUGCAUGAGCAACUGUAGCAGCAAGAGCAAAGGUGGGAGAAUGAGCAGCAGUAAGAACAAGAGCAGUGGUGGGAACUUGAGCAGCAGUGGGAAUAAGGCUAGCAGUGGUGGUAGAAUGAAGGAGGGGUUGCAGCAGCGAGGGUGGGGGAGAGUCGAGGGAGGGUCUGUGGAAUCACUAGACUCGCUGGGGUCUCCGUCUGUGCGCGUGGCCGACUGUGCAACCCCGCACGGGCUCUCAGUUUCCAUGCUGAAGCAGGAUGCGAGGGAUGGGCAGGAUGGGCUGAAGGGAGUGAGAGGAGGGGAUAAGGAGGGUGGCAGGGAUAGUAGUGGAGGCAGAGCAAUGCGACGAGACAAGCUGGUGGAAAAGAGAGAGGAGGAAGUGAGGCGUGUGCUGUCUUUUACCGAGGGCACUGCUCAAGAGAAGAGGAUGAGUGGCGCUGCUUCUCUUCAUCCUACUGCUGCUGCUGCUGCUGCUGCUGACGGUCCUCCCACACGUCUCCCCUCCUCCGUCUCCUCCUCUGGUCAAGUCACCACUGCUAAAUCGUCAUCCCUCUCAUCCCGCCAGCUCAGCAUCACAACCUUCUCACUCUCCUCACCAGCUAGUUCCAUCCCCACAGGCUCUCACAACCUCGUACACUCCACCCACCUCACCUACCCCGACUGUUUUGACUGCCCCGAGUAUCUUGACAAUUCCGUCUGCCCUGACUGCCCGGAUUGCCUUGACUACCCCGAACCCCCUCUCUCUGUGUGCUCCACUCACUCGCUGCCCUCCACACACUCUGUAACCACUGCUGCCGGCUUCUCUCGCUCCAGGACUAUCAGGGCUGCGGGUCUUCCCCCUGUAGAGUUAAGCAGGCCAGCUCUGCAGCCCAGAGAAGGUGCAGCAGCAGUAGUUGCUGCAACUAGAAGCGGCCCUUUGUUCUGA